CUUCGCACUCACACACAUCACACACCCCCGCACACGCUCCGGGCGGUCAGCGAGCGCACCCAGAGCCGCAGCAAGGACACUCAGCCAGCCGAGAUGCUCACCUAGGCACCCCGCUUCCCUCGCUCGCCGCCAGCUUAGCCUCACUUCCCCACCAGCUCUGGGGGAAGUAGGAAUUAUUACCGGCUCACUCACGAGUCCCGGCUUCACCUGGUUUUAAUUACUCCAGUUUUGUCUAAACCUUUAAGCCAGGUUUAAUAGCAUUAUUGCUCUAUAUAUUUUAUUUUUUUAUUUUUAUUUUUUUAAAGAGAGCUCAGCUUGGCUGAACUGCAGCAGCGACUUCCGAGGGUUAGAGCCACCGAGGGGCUGUGUGUGUGUAAAGUGUGUGCCUGUGGGUGUGGGAGGGCGAGAGGGGAGCGGGAGACAAAAACUCCAUCAGCCCGGACAAUGCCACCCCUCGUUUAAAGCUUCCAACCUGUUAUUCCUUGCCCCCACUAUCACGGUACCAAGUGCUCUGUAUUUCCCCCGGCCCAGCCCCCCUCCCUGCUGGUGGAAGAUAUGGAAGAGGACGAUAAAGGCGCUGGCUGCGGGCGCUGACGGCGCUCAGCCCGCAUGCCUCUGCCGCCACGGCCGGGGCCGCUCCAGCCAGCCGCUUGCAGCGGGAUGAGAUGCAACUUCUGCUAAUUGGAUCACAGGUGUAACUGGGUAUCUUGUUAUCAGAAGCGAAAUGAAUAACUCAACGUACAUAAACUCUUCCACUGAAAAUGUGAUGGCCUUGGAGAGCCCCUACAAAACUGUUGAGGUGGUGUUCAUCGUCCUGGUGGCAGGGUCUCUCAGCCUGGUCACCAUAAUUGGGAACAUCCUGGUCAUGGUGUCAAUCAAAGUCAACAGGCACCUCCAGACUGUCAACAAUUAUUUCCUGUUCAGCCUGGCCUGCGCUGACUUGAUCAUUGGCAUCUUUUCCAUGAACCUGUACACCCUCUACACUGUGAUUGGCUACUGGCCCUUGGGGCCUGUGGUGUGUGACCUCUGGCUGGCUCUUGACUACGUGGUCAGCAACGCCUCUGUAAUGAACCUGCUCAUCAUCAGCUUUGACAGGUACUUUUGUGUCACCAAGCCUCUGACGUAUCCCGUAAAGCGGACCACCAAGAUGGCCGGCAUGAUGAUCGCAGCCGCCUGGGUGCUGUCCUUCAUCCUCUGGGCCCCUGCAAUUCUCUUCUGGCAAUUCAUUGUGGGAGGAAGGACUGUCCCAGAUGGGGAUUGCUACAUCCAGUUUUUUUCCAACCCUGCUGUCACUUUUGGCACUGCCAUUGCAGCCUUCUAUUUGCCUGUCAUCAUCAUGACUGUCCUUUACUGGCAAAUCUCUCGGGCCAGUAAGAGUCGGAUAAAGAAAGGAAAGAAGGAAGCCGCCCAAAACCAAGAAACAGUUUCCCCCAGCCUUGUCCAAGGUAAAAUAGUGAAACCAAACAAUAACAAUAUCUCGACCAGCGGAGAUGGGUUGGAGCACAGCAAAAUUCAGAAUGGGAAAACCAGCGAAGAGACUGUGACCAAUAACUCUGUUCAAGGGGAGAAGGAGAGCUCCAACGACUCCACCUCCAUCAGUGUGGUCGCUUCCAACUUGAAAGAGGAUGAAGCUACCAAAGACACCAGACAGGCUUCUGCCUCCCAAGCCCACGUCAAAGCAGAGAACUCCAAGCUGACAUGCAUCAGGAUAGUCACUAAGUCCCAGAAGGGUGACUGCUGUGCCCCUACCAACACUACUGUGGAGAUCGUAGGCACGAACGGGGAGGAGAAGCAAAACAGCGUAGCCCGGAAAAUCGUCAAGAUGACAAAGCAGCCAGCCAAAAAGAAACCACCCCCUUCUAGAGAGAAAAAAGUGACAAGGACGAUUUUGGCCAUCCUCCUGGCCUUCAUCAUCACCUGGACCCCAUACAAUGUGAUGGUGCUCAUCAACAGCUUCUGCACAUCCUGCAUCCCUAACACCGUAUGGACCAUAGGAUACUGGCUCUGUUACAUCAACAGCACCAUCAACCCCGCCUGCUACGCGCUCUGCAAUGCCACUUUCAAGAAGACCUUUAAACACCUUCUUAUGUGUCAUUACAAGAAUAUAGGAGCUACAAGGUAAAAAUAAUAAUAAAAAUAAUUAUAGAAAGGGUGAAGAAGUUCUAAAUUAAAUUUAAAAAACCCUCAACGCUAUAGCACUUUAUGCUCUUCUAUGGAAUGUGCAAUCCAGGAUAUUGGUGGAAAUACUGAUAAGGGGCAUCGGCUGUACCCCUGAGGACUACACUUUAAAACAUUUUUUUAAUAAAUGAAAAUAAAUCUUUAGGACACAGGGAUGUUUGAGAAAUUAAUCAAGUAUGUGGACUGGAGACACAGUUCCUUACUUUCUGAGAGUAUUCUGCAGAAGGGCUUCAAAGUCUCUGAUUUUUGGCCAUUUUGUGUAAAAAACUUGUUCUUUCAUUCUCUUUUUUCUUGUUUUUUCCUGUGUGUGUUUAUUACAUCUUCAUCUAGGUAAAAAAAAAAAAAAAACAACAAAUUUUAAUAAUAACUGUGUGGAAGAGGCAUAGGAAUUUGGAUGACCAUUACAUAAUCCAAAUCAACCAUAGCAGAAAUUUUCUAAAGCUCAAAAUUGUCUAAAACUGUUUUGCCACUGUCAUGUAAGAAGCUCAAUGUUAGGUAAAUCAUGAUGGAAGUUUUUUAUGUUGUUUAUGACCCCACCAUUUCCAAAACCACAUCAGUUCUGAAAGUGUACUUAUGCACAACAUGUAAUCAUUGUAUAUCGUUCCAAGUCUGCUGCUUGCCCCCUCCCAGGGGUUUUUGUUCUGUGACUGCUUCAUCAUGACAAGAUCAAAGUGAAAAGACAUGGUCUCACCCAGAUUGCUACAUGCCAAGACUUCUUCAGCAUCCAUGUAAACCAAAGCUUUUGAGAUGAUUUUGGUCACUUUGUUCGUCAUGUAGCAUCGACCUGUGGAUUUGUCUCUUACCUCCAUCACCCUUUUCUUCCUUUGUGUACCUUACUUGUCCAGGGCAAGACUGAAUACCAAAAGAAGCUGUAAAUUAAAAGGUCUCAUCCAGUCCACCACUAUGGUGGCCAAACAAAGGGUCUCAGCUGAAGAAUAGAAACAAGAUUAUUACUAGGAAAAUGAAAGGCUACAUCCAUUUAAAGUUGGAUGUACAGAUGAAGAGGUAUGUUGAGGUUUCACAGAAUGAAUAGUUAAUAUUAGAUGACCAUGCUCUUGACCCAUCAAAAGAUGAUUUUUUGAUUAAUUGAUUGAGGAAAAUAAUAAGAUAGACUGACAUACCCAUCUGGAUCAAGCUCUGCUAAGCCCUUAGUGUGAAACUGGGGUUCUUUUGGGUGAAUCCUGGACAAGAUGUUUGCUUUCUGGAAAAGAUACUGGUCACAUUGCCUUGUACUACCUGAGAGCCAUAUUUUGACUGUAAGCCAAGGGGUAACACUAAUAAAAUGGCAGAGAGGAAAAUUGUGAUUGUAGAAAACCAGAUACUGAAAUAACCUGGAUGGGAGUCUGGCAUGGAUUAAGUUCAAAUAUUUUUUUGCUACUCUACACUAGAGUAGCAAAUACACAUGAAAUUUUGAUUAUUUCUGCCUGACAAAGAAUUUAGUAUUCCAGUAUUUGAUAUUUACUGUAGUAAAAUUAAACAUUUUGUGGACAGGUCAAAGUGUAUCAGAUUACUGAAAACAGAGAUUUUCUAUGAGUUACACAUAUUUUAUUUACCUUCUUCUUAGUACCUCUAACUUCCAGCACUAACAAAGGUACAUUUAUAUAUUUUGUUACCAAAAAGAGCAUACACAGUGUCCUAAGGGUCUCUUUUCUGGAGUGAAAGCCACCCACCAAACAGGACACAAAUUCAUUCUGUUAUUUCAUGCUACAGUUUUAGAGUAUUGCAAAAUUCACCUCAAAAUAGCAGUCUCUGAGAUUACAGAGAAAUUAAUCUUGCAGAAUUAAGUUUUACAUUUGACAAGCUUAUUGGAACACAGUGUCAAAGCACUUUGGUAUCAUGACAAUUUUCGUGUUUUGUAGUACCAGUUCCCAGCAGAAAGUGAAAAUGAGGAGGAUUAAACUGCAGUAAAUUAAGGCCACGUUAAAACUCCGGAUUAAUGUGUCUUAAUAUGAAGUCAUUGAAUUUAUACCCCUAGUGAUUUCAUCUUAAUAUAACUGUCUCUAUACAGCCAAGGAUCUAAUUCUGCAACCCUCACUUGCCUUGACUUAUAUCCACUAUCACUGUUCUGAUCUUCCUGCUUGUAAGGAAGAAUAAGUCAAUGACAAAGCUUGCCAAACUGAGCACUGCUUGCAUUUUAAAACUUCAUUCUCUAGGUUUAUCUCGACAGGUCAAAGAAGGACUUAUGCAUUCCUGGGUUGUUCAUUCAUUUUUGUGGUAAAAAAAAUCCAGAUAAAAUCCCAAGAUAAAAUAAAAUCAAAUAUGUUUGAUUUCUAAAUCUGACUUCUUUAGAAAAGUUGCAUAAAAGAAACACACCUGCUUCUUUCUUUCAGGAAGUGAUAUGGGUAUCAAUAGUACAGGUAGUCAAACUGGGAAAUAAUGAUUUGUACAGCCAUACUUAAUCUUUUAACUCUGGCUUUCUAUCAGAUGUGCAAAUAUUUUAUUCACACAUUUGAAGCUAUCACUUGCUGAUAAUGAAUUAAUCUAACAGCUAAGGAUGCUCCUACAGGUUAAAAAGUGGGACAGAUAGAUUGCACUUAUACUUCAUCAUGUGAUAUGAUGACACUCAAAAUACCACAGGAAGGAAAGUAUUUUGGUGCCAGCACUUGUUAAAAAAAAAAAAAAAAAAAAAAAAAAAGCAAAGGAAAAUUAUGAGUUUGAAGUUUUCUAGUGUUUUUCCCUAGCACCAUCCUCACUUUUGAUCUUAAGUGACAAGGUGCUUUGAUUUGUGUUAUAGUAUAUCUAAAAGGCUUGCAGGACACACAGUCCUCUGUGCUUCCACCCCAUAACAGUUCCAUGGUACAUUUACAUUUGCAGACUAUUAAACAGUGUAAAAAUGGAUGACAUAGUGCACCUAUGUAUGGAUCCACAGGCAUGCAAACACACAACCCUACAUGGUUUAUAUAUGUGAAAAACAGCCAGCUAAUAUUCAAGAUAUUGCAUGGCAUUUUGUCUGCCUUGUGUGCAUUGCCAGCUGCUGGGAGGUACAGAACCAACUCUUAUUGCACUGUUUAGCCCCUCCUGAAGGCAGAGAAGAGGCAGAAUGUGCCCUCAGAUAUUGGGAACCUCUUGGGUUUUCAGCUGGUUUUGGCUCAGUAAGACAAAAAUAUGAUAAUGGGUCAGAACUGCAAAGUAAUUGGUUCUUGAAUAUCCUUUGAGCAUUCAUGUCUUUCCUUUGUGUCCCAAACUACGUUCACCAGGUUUCACUUCCCUUCUGAGUGAUAGUUCUGCAGGAUCUAGAUGUCAGUCUUGAAGAGCAGCUCUCCCUGGGUAACUUCGGCUUCCCUGGCUGUCACCUGCACCCUGUGGUCCCCAAGGCCCCAGGUGGCCCUGCUGCUGGAGCUGCCUCAUCUUCACCUUGGGCUUGGCCAGAGGAUCCCAGCGGCACGUCCACACCAUGUGCUGCUCUGGCCACUUCUGUUUCGCACAGAAAUCAAGCACACUGUGCAGGUAACUCAUGAGAACAAAAAAGAAAAAAUAUCCCAAAAGCUAUAACCAACAACAAAAAAUUGCAGCUAGAACUUCUUGCCGCCUCCUUUUCUUCCUCUUUCAUUAUUUCCAGAAAGAGGCAGCCCACGGGGAAUGGUUUGUGCUGUUGUGGGAAAGUCCUGCUUUCCUGCUCCAGGAAGAGAACAGCAACUUGGAGAUGCAUCAGUCCAGGGUCAACUUCUCUGAGUAUUAAAAAUGUCUGUGGUCAAAGAGGAAAGGAAGAAAGAAAAAGAAAGGAAAAGGAAACAGAAAAGGAAAAGAAAGAAAAGGAAGAAAGGAAGAAAGGAAGAAAGGAAGAAAGGAAGAAAGGAAGAAAGGAAGAAAGCUGAAGCAAUACUUAAAAUCUGUUUUCCAGUGAGAACAGAAUCUAAGAAAAACUUGUCAGCCUUCUUUCUGUUUGAGAUUUUCAUUUGAUUUAUUAGGAGUCAUUUGAUCUAUUCAAAGAUAGAAAAGUAUUUGAAUGUUGCCUGAUAAAAGACAGUCCAAAGACAGCAAACACAUCUAUAUAGGUCAGAUUGCUUUUCCUUUCUUUCAUUGUUUUUUUGCUGUACAAAAGCUCACAGGGAUGGGAGUGCUCAAGUGGACCCAAGAGAUCAGUUGUUUGGCAUUCACAAAGCAUGAAGAGGACAAAAGCAAGUGCUGAAUCUAUCAGCCCUCUGUUUUAUACUCUUCUGGUGGAGGAAAACAUACUGACAAGAAGAGAUGCAUUCAAGAAGUGUGGCUGUGGUGAGAACAGCCCACACACUGCUGAAGAAACCCCUGAAGUGGCCCAGCAGCUCCUGGCCAUCCAGGGAUAGGAGCAGGAGGGCAGAGACUUUUUUUGUUAUUUUGUCUCCUUAUGGAUUUGAAUGUGUCCAUCUGUCUGUGGGACUUGCUAGCAAACUCACUGUUCCUUUCCCCAGUUUUGACUGAUUUUGAUCUCUGUUCUUCAUUCUUAUGAAUGAGACAUUCCUAACAGAUGACACAGCUCCAGCUUCUCCUGUGGUGCUGGGGUGGCACACUGAAUUUUUCACUUCUGCUAUCUUUCCUUGCCACCUCUGUGCCUCCUAAAAUUAAUCAUGGCAGAGGCCUAGCAGGACUGAAUAGUCAAAGCAUCCUGACAGUCAUCCUGCUGCAAACCUGACAUGAAUGCAGCUUGGGGGCAGGGGAGAGAGUGGAGAAGAGUGAUGCUGAUUUUUUUUUCUCCCCUUAGAAUACUUCAUAAAAACUCUCCAUUAUUUUGGCAAAUUGUGUUGUUUCUAGGGGUGAGAAUCUAAAGUUUGACAAAAGAAAGGGCAGGAGAACAAACUCUGGCCCUGUGCAUGGGGGGGUGUUUGCUGACAGUGAGUUUGGAGUUUAAUAGUCCCAGAUGAUGACAGUGCAAGUGGUAGAAAUUGAGAGAAUUAAAAUUAGCUUUUCUUUCACUACAGACACUUACAAGGGUAUGAUUUCUAUACAAUAUUGCUUUUUCAGUUCUUGUAUGUCAUGAAAUGCUCUAGACUUUUAAGGAAUAUUUCUUUUUUAAAAUGUAUAGAAAAUCUUGCCUUGAAGAAACCUCAAAGGUGAACUUUAAUUUGCUGUGGCCUCUCUUCUCUGCCUGUUUUUCCUCUUUUGCCCCAGUUUUACUAAAAAGCUUUCCUCCUUCCUCACCUUAACAAGUGUCACCCAUGUUACAGCUACAGGCUACCAGUUCCACUUGCCUUUCAGGCACUGUGAAUGCUGGCAUUCAACCUCUCUAACCCCACCCAAAACCUGCCGUCCCUAGCAUGCAACAUCCUCCUCCACUGGAGCCCAAGCCACUGUGUGGAGUGGCAAGUUCCAUAAAUCCAUUCUGCAGGCUUUUAAAUUGGAAGUAAAACAAACCCUCACAUGAAACAAAGCCUAUUCAGUUCUUCUGUUGCCCAGUUUUGUUAUCUUUGUGUUAGGCACAAGGGUGGAUGAUGUUAAAGAGUGAAUGUGCUUGUAGAGGAAUAUUGUGCUGCCACAUGCACAAAUUCAUUUUCUGCCCUGUGCAACAGAAAGACAGCCCUGCCUUCCCUCGAAUCCCCUUUCAUUCAUGAGCUUACAAGCAGAGUAUCCACUGAGAGUCCAAACCUAAGAAUGUAAUUACAGCAAGGCUGAGCUGAACAUGAAUCAUUUACCGCAACACAAUUAUUUCUCCUGUAUUUUUCUUUCCCUCCUUUUGCAGGGGCCUCUUUUGCUACAUAGUGGAGUUAGUGGGUUACAUGAGCAUAUUAAUCCUCCCAGGCCUCAUAUUUCAGGGUACUGGGUAGAUUUGUUAAACACAUUUCAUUCCAGUAAUAACCAAAUAAAAUAAAAUACAUUCUGGUGUCUUUUUGCCUUCCAAAGUGCCAUUCAGUAAGUUGUCUUUUUCAUCUUUCCACUGGGAGUUUCUUUUCUUCUUUUUUUUUUUUCUUUCUUUUGGGUUAUUUUUUUGUUGGGGUUUUUUUUGGUUUUUUGGGGUUUUUUUUUGGAUCAUACUUGCCAAGAAGCACACAGAAACCAUUUUCUGAGACAUGUCCCAAAGUGCUCUGACUCUGGCAGAAGCAGGUCUGUGUGGUACAUGAGGCAGUGUGAUCCCAGCCCGUGUUACAAUGUCCUUGGAAGGAUUUUACUGAGUGUUUAAUAUCCAGACUGACUCACCUGACAGCACUGGAGAAAGCACAGGGGGACAAGGUUGGUGUGUUCUUACUUGUGAAGGGACAAACAAGUCACUUUUGGAUUGUUUUUCUGCUUCCCCCAUGUAGUCUUCAGGGAAGAGGUAGGGAUUUCUGCCCCCACUGGAGACCUGCAGUCUCUCCACCUCUGCUCCAAAGACAGCCCUUCCCUGAAGCACAUCAUGGUAGCAGUGGCAGUAAAAAUGAUAAAAACACUGCUGGGAGCACCAUGACUGCCAAUCAACAGACAUUCUUUUAUCCUGUUCCUUAUUUCUGGUGCCACUUAGCUGAGCUGGUUGGUAAGUUAGAGACUAGCAAUUUGUAAAUACCUUUAGAUAGUGUGUUUCAACAUGACCAACACCAUAUCUUGACUGUGUAAAAAAUAAUACAUCAUGUGUAACACUACCCAGAUAAGCUUAUAAUGUAAAUAUAUCUACAAUGAAUGUCAAAUUACGCUUCAAGCUCUACGUACGAGGGAGAACCUCAUCUCUUCUUGAGACCUUUUUUAACUUAACAAUAUGAAAAACUUGUUAUUCAUUUAUAUAUAUAUAUUUAAAAAAAAACCUGCAUUCUUUUCUUCAAAAUAAAAUACUACUGCAAGAAAGAAGGGAAUGCA